AGGCUCAGUGUGACAUUUUCAUCGGUACAGUAAGUUGUUCAGAAGCGAUUGCUCAGACGGGAACUGUUAAUCAUUUGCUUCUGUUAUAACUGUGAUUAGUUUGGACGAACAUUAUCGUUAAUAUAUCGAAUCACCGACAUAAUGGAUGACAUUCAACUUAGCAAGGAUCAAAUUUCACAACUGAAAAUGGGAUUCGAUGCAUUCGAUCCUGAGAAAAAGGGUAUCAUCAGCACCGACUCAGUCGGUACCAUUCUUGGAAUGAUGGGUAUGAGAAUUCCAACCGAUCAAUUGCAUUUGACCAUUGCUGAAUACGACCCUUUCGGAUCUGGAGAAAUUAGUUUCCAAGAAUUUUGUAGUCUAGCCUCCCAAUUCAUGGAGGAGGACACUGACAUGGAGGCAAUGCAGCAGGAGUUACGCGAAGCUUUCCGCUUGUACGACCGAGAUGGAAACGGUUAUAUCACCACCGAUGUGUUUAGGGACAUUCUUCAUGAACUAGAUGACGCACUAUCUCCCGAGGAGCUGGACAUGAUCAUCGAUGAGGUGGACGCUGAUGGUUCAGGAACGGUCGACUUCGAGGAAUUCAUGGAGGUCAUGACAGGCUAAAUUAUCAGCUUGGCACGAGGCGGUCGUCCCUCGUGUUUGUCACCACGAGAACGCAUACAAACGAGGCUACCGUCUGUCCUACACACGUGGAAUAUGCAAUUUAUCGAGACACUGUUGGCAAAGUAUGAAGUAAAAAGUUCGUAGGUGAUGUCUGUUAGGGAGGAGUAAGGGUAGAUGCAGUUGAGAAAGUAUUUUUGACGUGUGGGUCACUUUUGGAUUCACAAUCGGCUAAAAUGUAUUUCUAUCUAUGCUGGGAUUAAACGGUCGAGUUCUUGCGGGUCUUUCGCGAGGCAUGGUAUGUAUCUGGAAACAAGUUUAUAUCGGCCGAUAUAAAUUGUCGCUUCUACGUAAUUAUCAUCGUGCGAAGUAGUUUUUUGCUCAUUAUAUGCUGACUAAGGGAGGAUUGAGAGAUCGCAUGAAGCUUAGUGAAAUCGAAUUAGAUAUUACUUAUAUUUAGAGAUGGAUUUCUAAUCUUUAUACUUUGCCUACGAAACCUACGAUCGUCUGUAACAGUCAUAAUACUCAUAAACAAUUAAGUAUAAUUGUAAAACCGUACAUUUAAGAUUAACGAAAUUUACAUAAGAUUGUAUGUAUAAUAAAAGUACAAAAAAAUAGCAAACACAA